UCCCUCGAGAUUCCUUUUCCUUCAAUGAAGAAUGAAUGGAGGAUUUUUCAAAAAGAUUGUUUUCUUCUAUACUUCUUCAACGCCGAGAGCUGCGUUCUCUCUGACGUCAAUAUUCCAAGGUUCUGAUUGAUUUUUCUGGGGACUUGUUUACUUGUGUCAAAACUGCCGUUUGCUAUAUAAAGGGCCGGCAGAGUCGGAGUUUGGAUCCGCUCUGUGGUGGCCAGACUGUGAGUUUCAGCACCAUGGAGAGUACUCGCCUCUGCCUCCUCACUCUGCUGAGCGCUGCUCUGCUCGUCAACUCCAAUUGCCAGGACUCAGAGCUGCAGGCCAGAUCGAUAGACCGUUACUCAGUCAAAGAAGACUCCUCUCAAGAAAAGGAAUUGAUUGAAGCAUUGCAGGAAGUUCUUGAGAAACUGAAAAGCAAGAGGAUGCCAACCUACGAGAAAAAGUUUGGAAUGGUCCCAAUGUGUGAUGCUGGGGAACAAUGUGCUGUAAGGAAAGGAGCCAGAAUUGGAAGACUCUGUGACUGCCCCAGAGGAACCUUCUGUAAUUCAUUCCUCUUGAAAUGUUUGUAGAGAAGAAUGUCCAAAUCUGAGUACUCAUAAUAAAUAUUGUUUUAAACGCAUUUAAAAACUUGAAAAGUCAAUUUGGCCAUUCAAACAUAUUCUAUUUACAAAAAAAAAAUGGGACGGUGAAAAUGCAUGGACUUGCAAUUCUACAGUCUUGUAGAUCUCUGUGGGAGGUAGUAAAGUAUAUUUCCGGCAUUGCUGUGAUAUUGUUGUUGACAGUUGUGUCUUUUUUCCUAUGGUGAAAAGUUGUUUCUGCCGGUAUGAGUUAAUGAGUUACAGAUAUUUCAUGAUAUACUAAGUGUUUAAUUUCUGGUCACAGAGAAGUGUGACUUGUAUUUAUAAAACUGUAUUUUUGUAUUUAGAAUGCAUUAAACCUACUAAUAAAAUCAAUUCAAGGCAUCCUUUUCCCUGUCAAAAAUUUCUUCAUUCCAAGCUUUUAAUGUGAA